GCAAAAUUUUGAGUUCACAGAUGAAAAAUAACGUGUGACGGUGUUUGCGUAGAACAAAACGUAUAAAAUAAUCACUACGGUGCACUUUCUGAACGCAUGCGCGAUGCAAGAGCGCCAUCUCGAGAAAAAAACCGAAAAAUGCAUCAAGUAUCGCCGCCAUUUUGACAUUUGUUUGGCUUUUUGUGUUCCUCAAAAGAAAAUAACAUGUAAUUUCCAUAAAAGUGAACAUUUAUCCCCCUUUUCUCGCUUAAAAUGUUGAACCCAGUGUUAUAGCUAGUAAAGCAAGAUGAAUCGCAUCAAACUUUCGUUUUUAUAACUGUGUUUAGAUCAAUAAUGUAAUAGUGCCGCUUUUUUAUUUUUGUGUCGUGUAUUUCGGCGUUAUUUUAGGAUGUUUGCGUAAAACAAUCGUUUAGGUGAUUAAUUUGGUUACCAGACUUUACUUUUCUACAAUUAUAAACCCAAAAUAUUGGUUGAAAGUGCUGAAAAAUUGUUUGUAAAAAAGGCGCCAAACUAUUUCUUCGCCGCUCUUAGUUUGUGACUGAAAUAACUCGGUUUGUGUUUGUCCGAACAAAGAGAUUUGUGCCGGCGAAUAAUAAAGUAAAUCGUGUUGUUUUAUUUUGCUAAACUGCCACACUCAUCUUUCAUUAUACAUGAACUCAGGGCCAGGGUCAUAAUUUCAUGUAUAGUCUCCAUCGCAACCUGAAAUGCGGUUAAGAAGCCGGAAGAGGGAGAGACCCCUCUUGGGAAAGAGUGUAUCAAGAGUGCCGAAAGCUGCAAACACCUCCCUCGUGAAGAGAUUGGGAUCAACCACUCCAACGUACCAAAAAUCUUUGAGGGCCGAGAAGAAGAAUGUUCUAUGCAAAACUCCUGACGCGUGCCUCACAAGAUCACAAACUAAUCUGAAGACGAGACCAGUGAGAACCGUAAAAAGGAUGGAGAAGAACGAGACUCCAGUGAAGGGCAAACAGCUCAAAGACACCAGCACAAAGAAACCAAUCUUCCAAACUGUUGUACGCAGCAGCAACAAGGACCCAGUGACGUCAACCACUAGUCUAAGAAGUGACAAAAGUAAGUCACUAACUGAAAAAGUCUCUACAACUACAACCAAAAGCAAACCUAAAGAUGUUCGUACUACGAAACCAAUGCAGCGUCACAGCUCUCUGAAUAGAGACCAAAGAUGCAAGACGGAAGUGAUGGCUUCCGACCGAAUGAGCUCACCUCGCAAAACGAGGCGCCUAGACAAAACUGACAAGGCAGCUUCUCUGAACAGUUCCCCAAUCCGUAAAGUGCGUCAAAUAGGUCUUCCAUCCCCAAAAGUUGCAAAGACAGCCGUGACAUCUACAAAUGAAUCUCCGAAGAAGAAGCUGAAGCCGAAAGCAGCAACAGUUCCAACACCUGAGCACUCUGGGCUCAGCAACUGGAACCCCGAUGACAAUGAUGUCACCAUGUAUGAGCCCACCACUACAACAUUUGUGGAGCUGAACUACACUCCAAAAGCCAGCGAAGAGUCUGACUCGGACAUUCAAGUGGAGUCGUCAGACUUGUGCCUGCCGACUGACUGUCUGAACGAGUUCAUGGCGAUCGCGGGCUGCGAGCUGAUCAACGAUGUGCCUCAGGUUGAUGCAGAUGUGGACUUCUUGGCUGACAAAGCUGCCAGAGUCAUGACUGCCACAGAAACAGAGGAGAAGCUUCCCCGCAAGGACUCCGUCGACUCUCGCACGGCCAAGCGUCGCAAGAGCAGCGAGCCCGACCCCUCGCAGCCCACCUCCACCACUGAUGACUUAGACGUGUGCGCCGUGUUCCUGGCCGCUGAUAAAUAUGUGCAGGAGGCAGUAACAAUGGAAUGCGAGAUCUCCUCCACAUCCCUCGAGACCACGGCCAUAGACAGCCUGCGAGCGCUGUCGGCGCGCCCGCCCGCCUCCGCCUUCCUGCACGACCUCACGCAGAGCCUGCACGACAACCGCCCCUGGACUGGCACCGACAUAGUUGACGAGACAUCCCUGGCUUGCCACGACGAGCAAACACCCACGGAACUUGAGGAGGAGGCAGCAGACGUGAUAUCGUCGUGCAGCUCGCGCGCGGACUGCGAGCAGAUCUCCUCGUGGGUGGACGCCUUCGACCCCUACUUGUUCAUUAAACAGUUGCCGCCACUAGAGACGGUCGCGACGGGUGCCCUCCGCGCGCGCUACCCCGCGCUGCCGCUCAAGACACGUACCAGCCCGGACUUCAGCCUCGUGCUAGAUCUAGACGAGACGCUGGUGCACUGCUCGCUGCAGGAGCUGCCCGACGCCAGCUUCCACUUCCCCGUGCUGUUCCAGGACUGCCGAUACACCGUAUUCGUCCGCACACGGCCCCACUUCGCGGACUUCCUAGCCAAGGUGUCAUCUCUCUACGAGGUGAUUCUGUUCACGGCGUCCAAGCGCGUGUACGCGGACCGUCUGCUUAACCUGCUGGACCCACAGCGCCGCUGGAUUAAAUACAGACUGUUCCGCGAGCACUGCCUGCUAGUGAACGGCAACUACGUCAAAGACCUGUCCAUACUCGGCCGCGACCUGCGCAAGACCGUCAUCGUCGACAACAGCCCACAGGCGUUCGGCUACCAGCUCGAGAACGGCAUCCCGAUCGACAGCUGGUUCGUGGACCGCAGCGACAACGAGCUGCUGAAGCUGCUGCCCUUCCUCGAGCACCUCGCCACCAAAGACGACGUCCGGCCGCACAUCCGCGAGAAGUACAAGCUGUUCAGCUACCUGCCCCCGGGCUAACUCCGCCGGGGCCUAUCUCCACCCGGGCCUAUCUCCACCCGGGCGUAUAUCCAUCUCCGGGGGACAACACCGCGGUAACACUGUCACUUGCAAGGUUUUAAUUUCAUAUUAAGAUAUGUUACACUUGGUAAGUUUUAUGUUACACUUCAUAAGUUUUAUGUAACACUUCAUAAGUUUUACCUAAAUGUAUUAUUGAUAAGUUUUACUUAUUGUAUUUACUUUCUAAUGUCAAACAUAAUUAUGGCAUUAUAUUACUUAUUAAAUGUAUAAAAUAUCCAUGUUAAAAUUAUUCAUGACGAUUUCAUAUGGUAUUUCACCAGUACUUGACAUGUAAAAUAAUAAGUAAUGAAAGUGUUUCGUAAACUUAUUCAGUGUAACAUUUACUAUAAAUAUUGUGCUGCUAUCAAAAUCGGUUUAUUACAUUAUCACUUUUAUGUGUAGCUAUUUAACAUUGGUAGAGUUACCAAAAUAAUAUUGCACAUUUGGUGUGUAGUCUGUGAAAGAAAAUGAUUAUUUUAUAUUUAAGUAUUUAAAAACAUUUAAACAUUUUUUGUGAAGAAUCCAGAAUUUGUAUGAACGCUGUAGUAUUAAGUUAUAUUCAAAUCUCCACUUAUUCAAAACGUAGAUAAAUAAAUCUUAGAGUGAAGUAAUUUUUUAUCGUUUAAGAUAUUCUAGUAAGGUAUAAAUAUCUAAAAAUAAGUAUAGAUUUUGUUUAUUAAAUCAGAUUGCGGUUUAUAUCGAGAACUUUUUAUUUAAAUUAUUGACUAAAAGUUUAUAAAUUUGAAAUUUAUUUGAACACUAUGAUUACUUUUAUAAUUUUUUUAUUGAAUUGUGAUUUUCUGAAAAAAAUAUUUAAUGUCUGUGAUUCGAAUGUCUAUUUUGUGUUCUGUAGCAUUUUAUUUAUACUUUUAACAAAACCCAACCAUUUACAAAAACGUAAGUGAAAAGCAAUGCCACUUUCUCUAGAAUUAGUAAAAAUCAUUAGGAACACUAUGACUGAAUUUCUUCAAUUAUUUCGAUCCGAGUUUGAUUAUAAUUAUAAGUUCACAUUUUUAUUUCUAAAACUUUACUAUAAGUAUUUGUUAGAUUUUUUUAGUUUUGAAAACUUGUGACGUUUGUAACUGCAGACAUAUUCGAAAAAGUAUUUGUAAAAUAUUUUUAUCAUAAAAAUAUGUCUACUUUAUGUAAUGGAGGUGCUAAGUUUCUUUGUUUUAAGUAUUUUUCUGAUAUGUUCAUAAUUAUAAUUUAAAUAUAAUUAUCAAUAGAUGCUAAGUACGUACUAAACACCCUUCUAAAGAAUGCAAUUUAAAUAUAAUUCACACGCAUAAACUCACAUCUGCCUACCGCACGGGUAGGCAGAGCUGAAGCUAUAGAUCUCCUCUUGUUAAAGUACGAUGCACGUAAGCUGACCGUAUUUUUAAAAACCGUUUUUAUUUUAUCUUGGUCAUCUUUCGUAAAUCCAAUUACCUAUAUGUCACACCAUUAAAAUAAUAAUUCAAUGUAAAAUCACGUCCAUGUUACACAAAGUCAGUCUUACUGUUGUCUUAUUCACAACCGAUACCUACAUUUCACACUAUUGUAUGCAAACCAUACAGAGUUAAAUUUCAUCAGUGACCGACCCUAAGGCAGAUUUUAAAUAUUAUCGAAUGUAAAAUAAAAACAUACUGAAAUAUUUGCAUUGUAAUAUUAACUGAAUUUAAAAUAUGCACAUUGGGUUGUUUACUGAUAAAAUCGUUCGCCAUAGGGAGGCAACUUGUCAGCGGCUGACUUAGAGCCUGGUCGGGGCAUACUGAUUAAUCAUUAGUAUUGUACCGAUAGUGUCGCCACCUAGCGGUACAGAAACAAAGUGUUUGAUGAAAUAAACUAUACCUUGUUUCACGGGGAAAGACAUCUGACAGAAGCCUUAUUACAUUCGAAUAAAAGUAGUUUUUGUUUGUAUCCCUGUGAAAUGGAAUAUAAGGCGGUUUUCACACUGUCCCGCAUCACGCUAAGGGCCUGUUUCAUACUGUCUGGUUAACGGCUACCUGUGGGAUAAAAGACAUGCUGUAACUGUCUAAAAGUUAAUUACAGGGAGUGACAGCAUGUCUUUUAUCCCACAGGUAUCCAUUAUCCAGACAUUGUGAAACAGACCCUAAGUGGCGUGAUGUGUAUGAACGCACGAUAGCACGUAGAUGCGUUUAUUGUGUAUUCGACUGGGCGUCUUUUCUAUAAAAACUGAGAUACUUACAAGCAACAAUUUGGACAAGCAUUCACGAAAUAUACAGCGAUACCAGUAAUAAAUAAGUAUACCUAUGAUUUGCUAUGAUUAUAAUAAUUAAUCGUUAUAACAAACUAUACCAAAAUAGUUCCCAGUAAUUUUUCUCUUAAGAAUAUUUUUUAAGCUUUGAACUGUACCUAAUAUUUUAUGACUGUCGAUAUAAAAGUAACUAUGUGACAAUUCAAAAAUCAAAACCGUGUAUAUUAUUUUAUGAAAAGCAAUCUCGUAGGUAUUACUUUGUAAAAUAAGUAGCAUGGGCCCUAUUACGUCUGAUUGGCAGAUCCUUAUGCCUGGUAAAUAAAGUUGGUUUCCAUUGAAAGCGAACAAAUGACAAAUAAAAUAUACGGAUUUGACAGCUGUCAUAAGGCUCACGCUAUAUUUUACAAAGUAUAACCCCCUUAUUCAUAAAAAAAAACUUACUGGACGCUUCGCUUUAGCUAUUGAACUUUUCUGUCACUCUCGGACAGACAACAAUUUGUUCUUUGACAGAGAGUGACUGAACAGUUCAAUAGCUAAAGCGUCCAGUAACUUUAUUACGAAUAAGGGAGUAAGUAUUUUUCUGUUCGAUACAAAUACAUACUUAUAAGCAUUGCAUAAUAAUACAAUGAUGUCAAUUCUAAAGGCAAUUUAAUUUUAGUGAUGUCAAACUAUAAAUGUUGCCAGUGGAAAAUGAGAUUUAAGAAACACGUAAAGA